AUGCUAUCACCUCUAACCGUGACGUUCGUUCAAUCGACAUUCUUAAACGCCCUUUCAAACAUCUUAGCACAGCUAAUCGACCAGCGCAACAACACCACACCAUUCGCGCUAAAUAGUCUAGCGCUUCUUCAAUUCAUCACAUAUGGCAUCUUAAUUGUGCCACCCAAUUUCUACUGGCAACGCGCCCUGGAGGCGCGGUAUCCAGGAUUUCCAUCACGCGCCGAGAUAGGAAAUGUCUUUCGGUGUUCGGGGCGAUCUUGUUCGCUGAGAUCGGUGUUUACUUUUCCGUUUGCUUUCAUUCGUUCUUUUUUCUCGUCUACUUCGGAUGAUACCAUUCCUUCUAAUAAGGAUAAAGAGAAAUGGGCACCGCGAGCAAGGAAGUCUGGUCUGCAUAGCUUUGCGAUGAAGUUCUUUUUGGAUCAGACUAUUGCGGGCGCUAUGAAUAUUGUGCUGUUUAUUGUGUUGAUUCACAUUUUGAAGGGGGAGGGAUUAAAAAGAUUGUGGGAGUUGGUUAUAGAGCAUUUUCGUCCAAUUAUGAUUGCCAGACUGAAAUAUCGGCCUGUUGUCUCUACGUUGAUGUAUACCGUUAUUCCGGUUGAUCGUCGUGUUGUUUUUGCUAGUGCUUGUGGGGUCAUUUGGGGCAUUUAUCUAAGUCUUUAUGCGGCUGUUUAG